AUGGAUCCGAAGAUAAAGGCGUCCGACACAACCAAUAUGGAUGACAUUAAGCAUCUGCUGAACCUGGAGGCGAAGUGCCGCGUCCAGGCAGAGACCGAACAUUUGGACCUCAAGGUGCAGGACAAGGCGCUUCAAUGGAUCGACACCAAGUACCAGUACCAGCAGGAGUAUAUCCGUCUGACGCGCUUAAUUAAAUGCGUCGGCAUGUCCAUGGCUAUAGGCAGCAGGUCCGAUAAAGUGGAUAAGGAAAAAUCCGCCCAGACGCUCAAGGCUAUGAACAAAUUGCGAGUGGAGAUCGGCAGCGAUGUUCAUCCAGCCAGACUGAACGCCAGUGUUGUGGAAGUGUGCCUGGAGCAGUUGGACGUACAUCACAAGCCGCGCCCACAGCAAAGCCGACAAAAGCAGGAGUUUGCCGAGAUCCAGGAGGCGCUGCAGCAUCUGGGACAGGCGGUGGACGGACUGGAGAUCGGAUUCGAGCCCAACACAAUGCGGGCGUUGGACCAAAUGGUGGGCGAACUCUUGCCAAAACACAAUAAACGGGAAUAG